AUGACUUCCCGUGUCACAGUUCAACAGGUUAUGGGCCGCACUUCGGCUUAUAUUAAUCUUACUUCCUCUGAAAAACUCACUCCUCUCAACUAUCAUGUCUGGGCUACUAAGAUCCUUUUGGGUCUUCGUGCUAUGAAUAAUGGUGUCCACCUUUAUGUCGAAGCUGGUACUGUCAAUCCAGCUGCUAAUGAAUCCCUCGAAGACCUCACCGCCUCGCUUGAUACCGUCGUCCAUGAUGUCAUCCUCAACAACAUUUCUCCUGAGUUGAUCGAACAUGUUAAUGAUGUGGCCAUUAGAGGCCGUGACCUCUGGCUUUAUCUUCAUCAGGAGUAUAGUCAACUUCAACCCGCCGAUGUCAUCUCUCUUAUGAAAUCCCUCUAUGCUGGCAAUAUUGAUGUUGGUCCAAAGUUUGUUUCUUCUGUUCGCUCUUAUGUUGCUACGUGGCGUUCCAUCUACCAAUCAUUGUCGCCUGAUUCGGUUGUGGCCUUCAACGCUUUGGCCUCAAUGGGUCCCAACUGUGAGCGCUUCAUCCAGUAUGCCUUGGAGCACCGCUUUGAUAGUAACAACAAUACUGACAACCUUGAUAUCAAUAACUUUAUCCGGAACACUGAUAAAUGGGCCAAGUUGUUGAAGAUUACUGGACCCCUGCUACUCUUUCGACUGAAGCGUUCGCGUGGUCAUACUUCCAACAAUUGUCAUGUCUCUUGGGAAGAGGUUCAGGCUGCUCGCCAAGAUAAUAAGGAUGACAAGGAAUCUAAAGAGGCUAAAACCUCAAGAGGUUGGUUUGCUGAGACUAUUGAUGAAUUUUCUGAGAUAGUUGAUGAUGAUCCAUUUGUGAGUUCCGCUUUUGUGUCCGAGACAUCUGUUGUUUCUGAAAAGUUUGGUAACAGUUGCUCCGAGUCGUUUGAUGAUUUGGAAUCCGAACUUUUUGAUUCUUCUGAGCCGUGUGUCGGCGAUGAAGAUUGUUUUGUUGGUCAAGUUUCUGAGUAUUGUUCAAACUCAGGACUUGAUAUUGAUUCAGUUGGUUCCACUGAUGAUUCUUGUUUUAAUUCUGAACCGUAUGUCGGUUCUACUGUUGUUUGUUUGGAGUCUGAACCGUGUGUCAGUUCAGCUCCUAUUUGUUUUGAUUCUGAAUCGUUGGUCGAUUCGGAUGUUGUUUCUUUUGAUUCUGAACCGUUGGUCGGUUCUUCUUUUAUUUCUUGUUCUGAUUCUAAACCGUUGGUCGGUUCUGAUGAUGAUAUUGUCUUACCUUCUUUUGAUUUUUUGGUGGAUUCAAUUACUGAACCUUCUCCGCCUAUUGUUAAACCUAUUGUUACACCAAAAUCCCGUUUUUCUCCAUUCUUUUACUUAUCUUUUGUUACCAUCAUGUUGUUUUCCUUGAUCUUAAUUGUCGUCUGGCAUCCUUCUUCAAUCUUGGAUUUAAGUCAUUCAGUCCAUCAUGUUUUUGUUGCUGAAUCUACUACUUCUGCUGAGGCCAACUUAGUUGUUGGGUCUGAUUCUUUUGACUUUAUCCAUGAUACUGGUGCUACCAGUCACAUUUGCAAUAACAUCUCAUAUUUUUCUUCUCUUCGUCCCACUUCGGCUACCAUUCGUGGUCUUGGUUCUGCUACUGCUGAGGGGGUUGGCGACAUUGUCGUUGAUCUUCUUGGUAAAGAUGACCAGCCUUGUGACCGCGUUGUUCUUCGAGAUGUUUUAUAUGUUCCUAAGAUUCCUCGCAAUUUAUUUGCUGCUCGUCGAGCUACUGCUGGUGGUUGUAGGUUCAUUCAAGACCUUAACCAUAUUUCUGCUGUUGAAAAUGGCAAAACUCGAGUCCACGCCAUUGCCAUGGGUGACUUGUACUUUUGUCGUUUCCGAGUUGUUUUGCCUUCCAAGCCAGUCCAUGAGGUGUUUGCUGUUGAGUCGUCUGCCAAUCUUUGGCACAAGCGACUUGGUCACGCCAGUGUGGACGUUCUCAAGAAAUUAUCUAAGUCACUUUCUGUCAAGCCUACUCAUUUUGAGGUUGUGGAUAGUCAUAAGUGUGACGCUUGCUUGGGUGGCAAAGCCACAGCAUUGCCAUUUAAUGGUACCACUGAAAAAGCUAGUCGCCCAUUGGAAUUAUUUGUUUCUGAUUUGAGCGGUCCUCAUGUCGCUACCCCUGUGGGUCAUCGUUAUGUCUUAACUAUUAUGGAUUAUUAUUCCAGGUACUCUUAUGUGGAGUUGUUGGUUAGGAAAAGUGAUGCAAGUCUUGCCAUUCGUAACUUUAUUGCUAGGUGUGAAUCUUAUUUUUCUGGUGAUUCUGCUGGUGAUCGAGUUGCAUAUUUUCAUUCUGAUAAUGGCGGCGAAUACAUUUCCAAAGACCUGGAGCAGUUCUUUGUGUCUAAGGGUAUCAAGCAUACUUAUACAGUUCCUCAUACUCCUCAACAAAAUGGUGUUGCUGAGCGAUUGAAUCGCACAUUAUUUGAGAAAGCCAAGUCUAUGCUUUUAUAUGCUCAUGCUCCUGAGUAUUUAUGGGGUGAAGCUGUCAAGUCUGCUAAUUAUAUUAGGAACCGUCUUCCUAGUCGUACCACUGGUGGUGUUGCACCUCUUCAACUUUGGACUGGUAAACCUCCUAGUUAUCAUCAUAUGAAAGUAUUUGGUUGUCAAGCUACAGUUGUUCUUCCUGGUGCUAAAAAAGAGAAUCUAACUUAUCGAGUUCUUCUUGAUUCAAGCAUUGUUGAAGCCAGGAGUGUUUACUUUGAUGAGUCCAAGUUUCCAUUUAUGAAAAGUGAUAAGGACUUGUCUAUUAAUGCUACUGGUGUUGGGUUUAGUGUUGGUUCUGGUUCAGGGUCCAUGUCAGGACCUUGUUUUGAUUCUAAGGGGACUGGUUUAGGAUCUAAUGUUAGGGUUAAUUCUAUUGCUAGUUCUGAUUUAAGUUCUGGUUCUAGUUUUGGGUCUCAUAGAUCUUUACCAGCAUCCUCAUCUGGUUCUGGUUCUGGUUCUAUUUGUGCUUUACCGUCUCCGUCUCCGUCUUCUUCUCCGUCUCAUUCUCCGUCGCCGCCUCCUUCUUCUUCUUCUUCUUCUAUUAUUGUUCAUAAGCCUCGUUCUGUUCGUCGCAUUUUGUCUACACCUUCUGCUCCUCUUGAGUCUCCUACUCUUCCUUCUAUUGCUUCUGUUCCAUCUCUUCCUAGUUCUCCUAUUCUUCCACCUUCAGAUCAUGAUGUCUCUAUCUCUCCUGACUCUAGUCCUAUUAUUUCUUCUUCGGAAUAUAUUCCUUCACAAUUAGACUUAUCUGAAACUGGUCCAUCUAUUAAUGAAUCUGAUAUUUCAGGUGAUUCUGGGAUCUCGCAACGAGGGGGUGAUAUUGGGUUUCAACCGUCUAUCAUUGCUUCGUCUCCCACUCCACCACCUUCUGUUGAAUUGGAAGUAGUGCCACUUAGUCAAGAAUCUCCUUCGUCUGAUCUUGUUAAUUCUCUUGACCAAGCUGGUGUUAGUGUUGUCACUAAGGAUGAUACUCAAGCUGUUUUGCCUAAAUCUCGAUCUCGUGUUGUUGCUGUUCGUUUACCUUCUAUAACUCCUGCCAAACGCCCGAGUUCUGAUGACAUUGUUUCACCUCCUUCUAAACACCUUUGUGAAAAUUCUUUGAAACAAUCUCCAGUGUCUGCAACACCUGCAAAACGUCCAGCUGAAGAAGAGUGUAUUUCUUAUCGUCGUCUCAAAUCUCUCCGCUUUGAGUAUGAUGAUGUGGCUUUACUUGUUUUUGUUGAGCAUGCAAUGUUGUCGCAGACUAGUGCAGUUGAUAAUGCACGUGAGUUUGGGUGGGAAACUAUGGUUGACAAUCUAUGUUUAUUUUAG